UUCAGCUCAAAGCAGCAACAAAUUUACACCGAUACACACAAACACUGCUGUCAAAAAAAAGAGAAAAUCAAAUAAAAACAAGCUCUUUAUAGUAAAGGCUGCUUUCGCAGCACCUUAAUCCAACAAAAAAAUAAAAAUAAAUGAAUAAUUCACAAAAGACUAUAAAAAAGCAAAAACAGCAAGAUGAGUUUGACAGAGAUGAUGCGGGGCAAAUCGAUGCCAGUGGACAAGAAGAAUGACAUUAAACUGGCCCAGCAUGAAUUUGCAACCGUUCGAAUAGUGCAAAUCGGAUGUGUGCUAAAUGUCCUGGCCGAGGCCAUCGAGCGGGUUAAGAUUUCGCUCAUCAUGCCGAAACUGCUGGAACAUCCCGCGCACAUGGCUAAGAUUCUGAAUGGAACCAAGUACGAAAGGGCAGUUCACCUGGUGGAAUCGUUCGUUCGUCGAAGAGAGUUCAUUCUGCGGGAGAAACGUCCGCCCCUGAUGGACCACGGCAUUAUCCAGAUCAUCGAUUUCUUCCAGCGGAACAGCAGGAUCUACCUCCUGUUCCCCAGCUACUACAACCACAUGAGUGACAACGAGAAGAAGCUGCUGAAGGCCUUCGAGUUGCUCUAUGAUCUGGCCAAGGACCGCUUGUACAGGACGUCCACCGACGCCAUCGCCCAAGAGCGCCAGCUGCAUGCCAUGUACAAGCAGAACGAGGUGGUCAAGGAGCAGGUGGAGGAGCUGCGCCAAAAGAUCCAGGAUCAGAAGGCGGCCAUCAGGAAGCGCAUGGCCGAUAAGGAGGCCUACCUGCAGAACUACGAGGACCUCCUCAUGAAGAAGAAGAGGGAGAAGAACGAGCGGAUCCAGAAGGAAAUCGAUCGGUGCACUCGUCUGGUGAAGGCCAAUAAAAAAUUAAGUUUAGAGCGACAAGCUGAUUUGGAAGAACAGCUGCAGAAAACACGGAACAAUUACACUUUGACCACAAAGACCUAUUUAAAACAGGAGAAGGUCUUUCGAGAGGAAAAAAACAAGCUGCUUAUACAACUACAAGCCAUCAUCAAGAAAUACGACCACAGCAUUGGCGAGAAGAUGAUCGAGAACAUGGAGCUCGCCGACGAGCACAAAAAGGCCAAGAAGGCUCUCGACGAAUAUAUGAUUGGGUUCCUAAAGGUUGAGCGCGUCUACAAGCAGAUCGUCGUGAAACGUGAGGAGGAGGAGGCCAGACAACGCCAGCAUCGCAUCCUUCUAUUUGCCAUGAACCGCGCAGCCAUCAAGAUCCAGAAAUACUGGAGAAAAUGGAAGAGACACAUGCGCAAGAAGAACAAGCGAAGCAGGAAAUGAAACCAUUUUGAACAAUAACCAAAUUAUUAGUGAAUAUCAACUGUUGGUACUAAGUGGAGAACAUAAAAUUUAAGAAUUGAUUUUUUGAGACUA